AUGUUCGAUCGAGUUCAAGGUAUUGAUAAACCAAAAACCUAUUACGACUUUUUGUGUGCUCAGGUCGGCGUCAAAGCUGAUUCAGUAGCAAUAGCUCAGCUCUACAAGCUUCUCGCUAGCGGUGGAUACAACAUGAUACGCCAAUUCAUGGACCAUGUUUGGGUUGAUAAAGAAAUACACUGGGUUGAGAUGAAAAUUGUUUGUGAAACAAGGGGCCUAGAACAUGCCUUAGAGCUCAAAAGGAUGAUUGAAAAGGCUUAUCCAACAACAACAGUAUUUGAAACAGAACCUUUCAAUGAUAAGCGCAUGUGUCCAUGUUACGUGAAGAAAUAG